UUAUUUUACAUUUUCUGUUACUCAUAGGUACAAGAAUUUUAUUAAGGAUAGUUUUUUAUGCAGCACGACACAAAGGUGUUAAAGACGUCAAAAAAAACGUUCAAAGAAGAGAACAUUAAAAAAAAUGUCGAGAUGCUGUUUUUACGAAAGUUUCUUGAAGAUGCUAGCUUUGUUUUUGAGUUUCCUGUUUUUACGUACAGAAAAAGCAACAGUACCAGAUACAAUAUUUUAUUGGGACACUGAACCUUUUAUAUUUUUCAAUGAAGAAAAACAACGGCUUGAUGGAGUUUUGCCAUUAGCAUAUAUGACCUUAGGAAAAUUAUGUUCGCCCUCCUCCGAAAAAUUUCAAAAUUUUACUGUAAUAAAAGAAAACUUUACUGAAGAUAAUUUUUAUAAAAUGAUAGAAGAGACCAGUUUUAGCAAUGACUUACAAAAUGGUGACAAUAGAAUAUGGUUUCCAUUAUUUAUUAACCCUGAUCAAACAAAAUUGGCAGCUAAAAAUUUAAAAUCUGUUAUAUUUAUAUAUUCUCCUAACGUUGGGGUUAUAGUCAAUAAAUACAAAAUAACUCUUUUAAACAAAUUUUUUGAAGCUAUUAAACUAAGCUACCCAAUUGCAACCAUUGCUGGUGGAUUUAUUUUGCUUUUUUCAACACUUUUAUGGUUAGCUGAAUGCAUAACAAAUAAAGAUUUUAGCAAGUGUUUUAUAAAUGGAUUUGGUAGUAGUUUAUGGUGGUCAAUUGUUACAUUAACAACAGUUGGCUAUGGUGAUGUAGUUCCAAAAUCAUUAAUUGGUCGAUUUAUUUCAAUACUAUGGAUGAUUAUUGGAGUGUUAAUAAUUUCUGGAUUGACAGGAACGUUUAGUUCAAUAAUUACUACUAAUUCCUUUUUAUCUAUACAGAAUAAUCAGGUAGCUGGUUUGAAUAAUUCAAUUGAUUUUCUGAUUGCUCGUAAAAAUUACAAUUCAAGUCUAAAAGCAUACAGUUCCUACUAUGAUGUGGUCCAAGCCGUAGAAAAAAGUCAAGUUGAUUAUGGAGUUAUCAAUAUUGAUGUUUUGAUAAAUAUGAAGUUUAAAGAAAUUUAUCCAAAUGUUGUUCUUGUACAGAUUAUAAAUGCUGUUACACCUGUUUUUAUAGUUUAUGGUAAUAACACUAGUCUGAUGGCUAGUUCAUCAAAAGAUAGUUAUGCAACAUGUCAACAACAAUAUUUCAAAGACAUAGUAAAAAAUGCGCAAAAUAUUUAUGGAAAAAUCCCAAUUAUAGAUAGCGAGAGCCCACAAAACUUAUAUGAAUGUUUAAAAACGAGUAGCAUGCUUAUUCCAGGAAUUGUCACUCUAUCCGUACUUUUUGCACUUUCUAUGAAAGAUGUUGUUCAGUUUGUGUACAAGAAAAGAUGUAGCAAAGAUAUUUCUUUAAGUGUGAUUUUAAACAGUAAUAAAAACGAAGAGAAAAAAUCAGAUAAAGAUGAUUUCUUUGAAGAGUUAUCAAGAAUCGAAGAACAAAUAAUUAAAUUGAAGUCAAUGUAUAAAAAGAAAUAAUUUGUUUUAAAGUAUUCAUUGAUAUUUAUUGUUAUUAGAUUAUUUAUUGAUAUUAGAUAUUUGUUAGUUUUAUAUUUAUGUUAAUUUCAUUUAAUACGGGUUUUCUUUUAUUUUUCUCAAAUAUUUACCUGUACGAAAAUACUCU